AAUGCAAAAUGUGAUCGAUACGUAUGAUUGAGGGACGAGUAGCCAACAUUGGCAUGGAAAUGGAAAUAUCCUGCGUUAGGAGUGGCGGAAAACCCUUCCCCAUUUCCAUACGAAGACCCACAUCAGCCCUUCAAAACGAUCCCACGCCAUGUCUACCAAGGAUGGCGAACAAGGGCCAACCCGCUAACACAUUGUCCCAUUUGUCGGCUUCCUUCCGCUUACCAAUUAUCUGCUUGGUUGCGCAGAGAGAGGAUCCUUUUCCGGGGUAGCAUUGCCCCGCGUAGAGCAAAUGACUGCAGCCGAAAUGCCGUAGGAUAAAGACUUAGGCGAUCCGUUUCCACCCCCCGAAUAUCCGAUGUUUUUCUUCGGCCAAAUUUGUUACAGUCACUCAAUAACUUCUCAAGUCUCGACACCAUGGCCGGGUCGAACGAGAAGGGUGGAGAGUUGAGGAUGUUGGCGCAACAAGAGAGCAGACACUCUGCGCUGCAGAAUGAAGCCGAACUUGUUCAAUCGCAGCACCCUCUCAGUCAGAAGGAUGAGAAAGAUUUGGAAGUCAAUGCCGUAGCGGAUGAUGAAAUUCUCAGGGAAGACGACAGCGGAUUGCCCUUUUCUAAAGCGCGCUGUAUCGCCUUGGUUAUUACAGUAACAUUAGCUGCGAUUCUUAACACCCUGGGUGUGCAAGCAUCCGUCAUUAUCCUACCUACCAUCGGCCAUCAUCUUAAUAUUCCAGAGAGUAGACAACAAUGGAUAGUCAGCGCUUACAAUCUCACUUUUGGUUGUUUCCUACUAUUAUGGGGCCGCCUAGCAGAUGUCUACGGCAAAAGAUUGAUCUUCCUUUGGGGAUCUGUUUGGAUCACCGUGACAUCGAUAAUUGUUCCUUUUAUGCCUAAUGAGAUCGGGUUCGAUGCCUUCAGAGGACUGCAAGGCCUGGGUGCUGCAGCGAUGGUGCCAACGGCCUUGGGCAUUCUAGGAACGACGUUCAAGCCCGGAAAAGCGAAGAACUAUGCAUUCUCUUGUUAUGGCGGUGGUGCACCUCUAGGAGGAGCUCUAGGAAAUGUCAUUGGAGGUGUGGUAGCAGCCUACCUUGACUGGCGCUGGGUAUUCUGGAUCUUCGCCAUUCUAGGUGCACUUAUCACAGUCGCGGGUUACUUCGUGAUUCCACUUCCGCCACUCCAGGAAGAGCCCAUCAGCAUGCGACACAAUGUUGACUGGGUUGGUGGAACGCUCGUCACAACGUCAAUCCUCAUCCUUCUGUUCGCUCUGACCGAAGGUAACGUCGUCGGAUGGUCGACCCCGUGGGUCCCUACUCUCAUCGCGGUAUCCUUUGUCAUCCUUGCAGCAUUCGUCGUUUGGUGCCACUGGCUGGAGAAACGAGGCCACCGGCCUCCUCUGAUGAAGGUCUCCAUCUUCAAGAACAUUCCAUUUUCAGCGGCCAAUAUUAUUAUGCUUCUAUUCUUCGCAUCGUUCAACAAUUUUCUUAUUACUGCAACAUAUUGGUUUCAAUCUUACCAAGGACUCUCCAUCAUCCAAACAACCCUCCGUUUCAUCCCCAACGGCAUCACAGGUGUCACUGUAGCUUUCAUCUGUGCCCAUCUGCUCGCGCGCGUUCGCGGCGACUUCAUCUUGACAUUCGGCACGAUCGCAAUCUCACUUUCCUCCAUCCUCUUCGCUAUUCCCAUUCCUACCGACACUACCUAUUGGGCCUGGGCAUUUCCGGCCCUAGUCCUCAGUAUCAGCGGCGCAGAUACGCUCUUCCCCAUCCUGACGCUGUUCGUCGCGAAGACUUUGCCCGCGGAGGACCAGGCGCUCGGUGGGGCUUUGAUCAACGCUGUUGGACAGGUCGGACGUGCCAUUGGUUUAGCUAUCACGACGGCGAUUCAAACGGCUAUCAUUGCGAAGGAGAGGGGGGUUUCUGUGCAGGAGGUCGGUGAUGGAUUUGGUUCUGAGCCGGGAGACGAGGCUCUUAAGCUUGGGUUGAGGGGUGCUAGUUGGUUUAAUGCUAGUAUAGGUGUGAUGGCUUUGGUCGUAGUGUUGUUGUUCUUCAGGGGUGCUGGCAAGGUUGGAAAGCAUUGAGUCAAAAGAGAGACAUUAUUGAGGGACAAGAAGGGAAAGUUGUCGUAAUAUUAGAGAUAUCAGACGAACGCCUGGCCCAGUCUAUAUACCUUCCGCCAUGGUAAUCUAAAAAGGAAAAUAUGGAAUCGCAG